AUGAGUCUAAGAGGCAAAACGUUGUUGCGCAGCGGAAUGCUGUACUCUAGAUGCAUUACAAGAACCCUGUUGCCUCGUGUAACCUACAAUUUGUGUCGCACUUUCCCUAGAGCAUCGCUGUACACCAGCGUCAUCAGAUAUAAUGAGAUAAAAAAGGACGAUAAGAAAGUGCAUUUGGGGUCUUUUCAAGUGGAAAAGCCCAAGAUGAUGAUUGCUUUCACCUGCAAGAAAUGUAAUACGCGGUCCUCGCACACAAUGUCAAAGCAAGCUUAUGAAAAAGGAACGGUCAUGAUUUCUUGUCCGCACUGUAAAGUAAGACACUUGAUAGCAGACCAUUUGAAGAUCUUUCACGACGACCACGUCACCGUGGAACAGCUGAUGAAAGCUAACGGGGAGAAAAUCAGCCAAGACGUGGGCGACUUGGAGUUCGAAGAUAUUCCAGAUUCGCUAAAGGACGUCUUAGGCAAAUACGCCAAGAACAACCCAGAACAGACGCCACACCUGCCCCAUCCAUCGAAAAAGGACUAA